AUGAGUACGGAGCGUCCACUCUUCCAAUUGAGGAAGGAGUUGAAUGGCAAGGGCACAUCCACUGAUACAGAAAUCAGCGUUGACCAUUGUUCCCUCUCAAAUGAGAGCAAUACCAGUGAAUACAUGAACUCUGCACUGGAGGACUCGGAAUGUGGUACUAAUACCCCUGGGACCUACAACAACUCCAGGAUCUUAACGGAAAACGAGAAAUUUGUUGUGAAGAAAUUGUCGCCUGAACUUUCCAUGCUGACAAGCGAUGAAGAUGCAGAAUUGUUUGAGGGACUACUCGAUACUCACUGCAGUAAAGCUCUGAUCAAUGAUACCAAUUAUUUGUACAUUUGGGACUAUCAAUCCUCUCAGAAAGAGGUCGAUUUUCAUAAGAUUCCGUUGCAUGAAGAAUAUGCCGUUCUUAACACCCCUCCAAAGUGUCUGUUUACGUGGCCAGCUGCGAUGGAUGAUUCCACGCAGAUGUUUUUGGAUGGCGCUGCUGGAUCUGCAGGAGGUGUUUGCAUAAUACAUAGAAAGAACAGUCAGUUCAUUUAUUUCGAAGAUAUUGCUUCCGUUAACAAUCUGCAUUCGCAAUUAGCCAAGAGCAAAGCAAAUGCUAUUGACAUGAAAUUAAAAGCUGAUGAAACAGUAACAAAUGCGGUAAACUGCGAACCUGCUGGUAUAGUGGUCGCGACAAGCUUAGGAAGACUUCUUUUUAUCACUCUAAGAGAUUCCACAGGUAAAUUAAAGGUACAAUUGAAGCAACAGUUGCUGAAAUCACAGAGAGGUUUUUUCUUUCAUGGGUUCAAUAGGUCAAAAGAAAUUGUUUCGCUUAAAGUAGGCGCCAUAGUUGGCAGAGGGGAAAGAUUACUUCAUGUUGUAACGAAAGGAGGUGAUUUCGAAACAUGGCAAUUAUCUCUCAGUAUAAGCUGCUACAAAAGAGUCGAGGUUAAUUUGUUUGAGCAGAUUUUGGAUUCUUUACAGGGUCUUUAUCCAUUUGCUCACGGCUCUUUGCAGAUUCUAGAUUCCCAUCCAUUGCUUCCUGAUAUGUCAUCUGUACAUCUAGUAUUAUCCAGCAUCGCAAAUGAAAAGGAAACUUAUUAUAUUCUGAGCACCGUAAUAGUUGAUGAAAAGACAAGCAGUUUCACAAUUUUCUCGACUUACAGGUUGAAUACAUAUGUUGCCCCACUGAAUAAUAACAAGCCAAGUCUGUUCAUCCCAGAUUCACUUGGCGAGAGCACCAAGGCUGUUACCACCGUUUUCGUUCUAUUCCCAAAUGCAAUUGUUCUCACUCAGGUGAGUUCUAACCUGGAUUCGUCAUUCCCCUUGAGGAGAAAAUGGGAAGAUAUAAUUUGCCUUCGGGAGAAUAUAAGAAUAAUCGGAUCCGGUUACAGCGCUGAUUCUUUGUUUAUUAUGACUAAUAGAAUGGGUGUGCUGGAAGUUACGAUAAAAGAGAAUACCAGUCCCGAAGAUGAUGGGUUAAACUUUGUUAAAUCACACAUAGACCAGGCUAUUUAUUUUUCAGAUGUAGGAGCAAAUCCUAUCGAGUUCAAUCUACCUAAAGAUAUAUUUCUCGAAUCCCAAGAAAUAGAGCACGAUUUAUCACUAUCAGCUGAGGAAAUAUUUUUUUCCAAAGGUAGAUAUAUUCCACCAAUGCUGAGCACUUUGACACAACAUCUCAGCCUCAGAACAGGAUUAUAUAAGCAUCUCAUCGAGUUUGUUAUCAGGAACUUCAAUUUUAGGAUAUCACAUUACGCCAAACUGGAUAUUCUCGAAAAAUUUGAAAUAUUGAACUGUUGUUUAAAGUUUUCUACUUUCUUGUACAGCUCCGCUGAGUUAAGCGACAUAUGGAAUAAGACUGUCGCCAGUUUUUCGUUGGAUUUGAGCACAGACGCACUCAUGAUAAGUCAUAUCGACAAGUUUCCUCAAUUGUUCACACAGCUACUUCUCUAUAUCACUAAAACAGGUUCCGCCUUAAAAUCUGUUGAAUUCAAAUCUCAAAUGCUUACAUUAAUUGUAUCAUGCUUGUUUUAUGCUACACUUGAAGAUGGUGAAAAGACAAUAAGAUACCAAUAUUUUAAGCUAGAUCCUUUAGAAUUGAACAAAAAGUUGCCAUGGUUUAUUAGUGUUGAUAUAUUGACUGCAAUUAAUGAUCUGUUUUUUGAUUACAAAUUUUCAGUGACCCCAAUAUCUGGAGAAAUGACGGAGCAGUUAUUAUCUUUAAUUAAGGUCUUAUACUACUCUUUCAAUCAAACAAAUCUAUGGUUCAGUGAAGAAGCUAAACGUGAAAACCUCCCAUCUUAUCAAAAUUUUAAGACACUUUUCAAUGAGAACCAUUUAAGUUGGAACCUAGCACUUUGCGAGUUGUCAGUUCAAGAGUCUUGCUUGCAAAUAACAGAGUUUUACCGAGAUUUCGAAGCCCUUACAGUGAUUUUAGAAACUUUAGAUAGGGAUGAAUCACAAGAGCUUUAUCAACAAUAUUUUACGCGUUUUGGAUAUGAAUUUGCUUCAACGGUUUUCGAAUAUCAUAUAAAACAAAAUAAGCUGAAGAACUUAUUUAAUAGAUUUCCCGAACAACAUGCAUUUUUGGUUCGCUUCUUUGAAAAUUCUGAACAAUAUGGAGAUGUUGCUUGGAUCCAGCAAAUUCUGGAUGAUGACUACAACAAAGCCUUUCACACGUUAUGUUGCAUAACUGGUGAAAACACUAUAGAUCAAUCGUUGCAAACACGUCAAUUACAUUUGAGCAUAGCUAAGUUGACAUCUUUGGUGGCGGAUGUCGCAACGGUACAGAAGGGUACUGUUGAUACGAUUCAAGCGGAGCUGGAUAUCGUGGAUUCUCAAAAAGAUUUAACUCUCAGGUUUGACGAAGGUAAAAUCAAAUUGUCCUCCAGAUAUCAAUCGACAGAGAUUAGCAAAGUUUUCGAAACUGUGACAAAUCUUCUCAAAGAAGAAAAGCCUUUAUCCAUAUACAACAUUACAGAAGUGUACAGUAUGCUUGACGAUGCUGAAAGCUUUUACAAUGCCCUCAAAUUGCUGGCAUUUAGCGGAGAGUCUUUUGACUUUGGCGAAAAGACACUAUUGAUUGCACAAAUUUGGAGAAGAUGUAUUCUUCUACAGGAAGAUUGGUCCGAGGUUUCAGACAUCACCAAAACUGCGCUUUACCAGGUUUUAUACAAGUAUUUCGACGAGGGGUUGUACUUCUCUAAUUGUCCACUGCCAAGUUAUGAAUUAAUCGUGAGCAAAGGCUGUUUAGGUGAAGAAUAUUUAUACAAAACCCACGAAAACCUCACCAAUGACCUGAACUCCAUCAAAGGGAUCUUGGCACAAGAUCUACAGGCAAUAGAAAAUCUGGGAAGAGAUUUUCAAACUCGCCUUCAGUCUAUAAUAGGAUCCGCUAACACGGCGACAGGCAAUAAAUGCACAGUGAACUACGAGCGUAACGUUGUCGAGCUUUGA